CAGAUACCUCGAUUACACUUGCAAUGUUAAAUGUAUAAAAGUAACUUGUCAAAGAGAAGCAUGAAAAUUACUUAAAUAAUUUUAGUUCUUUAAUGACGUUUGGCCUUUAUGCGGAAACCCCGUCUUCUUUAAGCGUAAACAAAGUAUAUGUAUACAACAUAACCGUACAAGUGGUACGUACAAGGUACAUACAUACGAGCAGUCGUCAGUUGGUGGCUCGACGCGCAACAGGGCCGAUUGUCAACAUGUCACGGACGGGAACGAAGCUCGACGCGAAGAAAGUGAACUCGGAACUGUUCACCCUGACCUACGGCUCGCUCGUGGCCCAGUUACUCCAGGACUAUGAGAACGUGGAGGACGUCAACAAGCAGCUGGAGAGAAUGGGAUACAACAUCGGGAUACGGUUGAUAGAGGACUUUCUCGCGCGCACCGGCUCCGGCCGCUGCUACGACUUCAGGGACACGGCGGAGAAGAUUCAGAGCGGCUUCAAGAUAUUCCUCGGCAUCACGCCGUCGAUCACGAAUUGGAGCCCAGCCGGCGAUGAGUUCUCCCUGUGCUUCGAGACGAAUCCGCUGACGGAGUUCGUCGAGCUGCCGGACAAUUAUUCGAGUCUCAAGUAUUGCAACGUGCUGCCGGGCGUGCUCAGGGGAGCCUGCGAGAUGGUGCAGAUGGAGGUCGCCUGCUGGUUCGUGCAGGAUCAACUUAAGAACGACAACGUGACCGAGCUGCGCGUCAAGUUUGUCAAGAGGCUGGAGGACGCGAUACCGGCGGGCGAGGAUUGAACGGACGAAUAUCCGCGAUGUCGUUUUAACGAUAAAAGUAUCUUGUAUCUCUAGGCUUAAAGUAUAUUGUAACAAUUAGGCGUGGAUCUCCGUCGCUUGCAUUCCGCAAAACUUUCGGUUAAAAGUAAUAUAUGGUUGAUACUCUCAUGUUCAUUGAUGUAAUGUCGCACGACAGUGAGGCAAUACAUACCGAAUUUGUUUACA